AUGGGAAAAACCUGUAUUGUGAAAAGUUGUCCAAGUGGACGUAAACUAAAUACUUCAAAACAUGGUUCGCCUCAACUUCUGUCUUUUUUCCGACCUACGACCUCCGUUGAAUUAGACAAGUGGCAACGGUGUUUGGGUAAUAAAUUAAAAGCCACUGAUAAUAUUUGCCAUCUUCAUUUUAUAGAAGAACAUAUAAAAUUGUACGACAAGUUUAUGAUUGACGGAGAGCUCAAGAUUUUUCCAGCAGUGAAAAAAAUGCUAAAAAAUGAAGCUUUGCCAACAAUCGAGCAUCAAUUUAUUCCAAUACCAGCAUAUGAGCUCCAAGCAAGUAUUAUUGAACCACAAAAAUCAACUUCAUGCCACAAUCACAGUGGAGACGACCAGCAGGAUAGUAUGCAAAACAGCAGCAUUGAGCAACAUGAAUUAUUAGAUGAUCUGUAUAAUCCUAAUAAUGCUACAAAUUACUAUGAACAAAUGGAACAGGACUUGGAAGAAUCUCUGUUGAGUCAGCAGUCCAAUGAUGAUUUAAAUAAUAACGUAGCAAAAGAAACAACUAUACAACCAAUAGAGAGUUUUAGAGAUAUCCUGAAAUGUCCAAUGCUACCAUCUUUUUGGAUGCAUGUAGAGAAACCAGACGGACUAGAAUUUCUGCGAAUGGAUCCAUCAACCAAGGAAACAAAAAAUUAUAUACGUCUAAAUGAGGAUUUAUCAGUUACUGCUAUUUUUUCUAAUGAUGAAGAACUGCCGCUUUAUGUAAAAAUUAAUUAUUUCAAAAAUCUUUGUGAGUUCUUAAAAUCUGUAGAAAGAUGGCCAUUAUGCAUUGGUACUCAAAUAGACAGUAAUAAGUACUCAAAAUUGUGUAAAGGUGUGAUUAUAAGUGGCGAUGCUUACCAAAGAAAUCAAAGAAAUCCAAGAUGUAAAUCAUGUCACAUUUUACGGAAACGCUUACAAAGCCGUAAAUCAACUUCAAUUCUUUUAGAGAAAACGACAGCUCUAAAACGGCGUGCUUCAAACCUUGUUAAACAAAACAAACGUCUAAAAAGAAUGAAAAGUGGGCUAAAAGAAAAAGUUUUUAUGGCGAAGUCUAAGUGUGCUCAAAAAUCACAGGCUGUACUACAAGAAGCUAUUAAAAAUUUACCACAAGAAUUUCAAACUGUUGUAAUUUCCUGUUUCGAAGCUGCAAAGAAAAAAACAUCAAAAGGACGACGAUACACAUUAGAAUGGAUUUAUGAAUGCUUGUUGAUACGUUUAAAGAAUCGAAAUACGUAUAGAUUUUUGCGUAGUAGAAAUAUUUUACCGCUACCAUCUUUAGAAACAUUGAGUAAAUUCAUUCGAAAAAUUAGUGGCUCUGCUUACGGAUUUCAACCGGCUACUUUUCAUAGUCUAAAAGAUGCGAAGCAAUGA